GUCGCGUCGCGUCGCUUCCAGCUCGCGGAGCGGCUCCCGGAGACCCGCGAGCGGGAAUGGUCGGCAGCCCGCCCUGAUCCCCAUGGCGACGGCGGCGAAGGCUUCAUCCGAGUGCUCCCUGGAGCUGCGCCUGGAGCAGGCCGGGGCGUUCAAGGAGGAAGGGAACCGCUGUUACAAAGAGCGGCGUUUCCGCGAUGCCGUGAGCCGGUACCACUGGGCCUUGCUGCAGGUGAAAGGGCUGGACCCCAGCGUGCCGUCCCCGUUGCAGGAAUUUGGUGCGGGGAGGCCGCCCAUGACGGCUGCUCAGGAGAAGGUGUUUCACAGCAUCAAGAGUGACUGUUACAAUAACCUUGCAGCCUGCCUCUUGCAGAUGGAACCCGUGAAUUACGAUCGAGUGAAAGAAUACAGCCUCAAAGUCUUGGAAAGGCAGCCAGACAACACCAAGGCCCUGUACCGGGCCGGAGUGGCUUUCUACCACCUGCGGGAUUAUGACAAAGCGCGCCAUUUUUUCCUAUCUGCAACCAGCAAGCAGCCCAAAGACGCCAACGUGAAACGCUACCUGCAGUUGACGGAGUCUCAGCUGAGCAGCCAUCACCAGAAGGAGAAACAGCUCUAUAUGGGAAUGUUCGGCUAAGGCAGCGAUUUCUCCCUGGACACAGCUGGGGGGCUGCAGCGGGGGCGCCCCCCCUUUCCGUGUGCCACCUGCGCCUGUCGGUCCCCGAGGUGUCAGAUCUGCAGUGCCUUGACAAAUGUGCGUUGGACAACACACGGGGUCCGCUUGGCCGAGUUUUCCCCAUUCCAGAUCAGGACAAACUACACAAACUGCACGGCUCCAGCUUGGCUCCCUCCCUCCCUCCGUCGCAGCCAAACCAGGAGCUGCAGGGGGGAGACUUGGGGGUCGUUUUGUUCACCCCUCCUGGGGGGUUCAUAAAGCAUUGUGGGAAAUGUCA